AGCUGUUAACACCAACGCUGAUUGGCUGACACCCUGGCCAGUUCAGAGAGAUUGUCAGUGAGCCAUAGCCCAAGGAAAAAUAACAGCAACCUGUGUUAAUGUCUUAGUUAUUUAGAAGGUAUCCUAUUUCGAAGCUGUAUUUUUGAUGCAUUUGCUUCGCAGCUGUAUGGCUCCUGGUAUCUAUUUUACCGAGAGGAACGCCAGAAUGCAAUAUUGUUGUCGGACACCUUUUUCUUAAACGAAAGGUAAAGCAAGCUACCAUUAGCUUAUGUUGAGUUGGUUACUUUGAAAGCAAGCUAUCGUUGUUAGCUACCUGUCGCCAUCCAGCUUGGCAGAAACCAUUUGAAUGUUAGAAACAUGUGCUGCUUGGUAUGUUAUAUCUUGCACAUUUUUGUUUGAGUUACGUAUUAGGGUAAAAUUAACGUACACUCCCUAUAAGUUAGCUCCCUGCUAGCGAGAUAGGUAGCAACAGUCACUAAGCUACUCCUCCACAUAUUUGUCUCUAAGGUGACGGUUUCUGUUGCUCCAUCCAACCCAUUACCCGGCUGUCUCCGCUUGAUCUCGGUGCUACUGCUUCCAGUUCUAAUACACUAAUCUACUGUUUUGGAACGUCGUGUCGCAGAUGACGAAGAUGGUGGACCUUGGUGCCUGUUGCUGGCGGACGGGCCGAUGCUAGGAGUAGGGCAAUCAUAGAGGUGUGGGUCGAUGAGGAGAUGUCAGAGCGGGGAUGCCUCCUCUUGGAGACAGUGUUGUAGUCGAGGGUGGGCGCGAGUGUGCACAGUAUACCUACCGCGGGGUGCUGGCAUAUAUACGAGCGGACCAAAGUUGCAACCCAACUAGCAUUGACUCAUAUAUGGAUGGUUGGGUCGCAGUAUGCCCACCUCCUCAACUUCAACUACACCGCAGGCUGGAGGGAGUAGCGGUACAGGAGAAGAGGAGCCCGUGUCUGCCGCCUUCAGCUCCACAAACGGCUCAUCUUUCCGGUUCGUCCCGGCUUUCUGCCUGGGCGUGGUGGCGGCAGUUGUCUUUCAGCUGGCCCUGGGAGGCCUGACUCUUACCUCUUUCUUCCUAAAGCUGUUCAUCUAUGUAUCUUUUGCUCUGCUGUGCUUUCUGGCUGGGAGUUUUGUUCUGCUCGUCAGAAAAAGCCCCCUCAAAGUCAGCUGCUUUGACAGAAGCAAAAGGCAUUCAGCUGCGCGACCAGUGUUCUUCAACAAGCUCAUGGGUCGUUUUUUGGCACCCACUCAGGAACCAAGCCAGAGCAGAAGAGUGGUGGUGUCGCACAAUGUUGACAAAGCCCUGAAGGAAGUGUUCGACUACGCCUACAGGGACUACAUUUUGUCCUGGUAUGUCCCUCUGAGUCGUGAUGAGGGCCAGUUGUACUCCAUGCUAUUGGAAGACUGGUGGCAGAUGAUCGGGCAGCUGAGAUCCAGGCUCGCUGACAUAGACCUUGUCAAUGUGGUGUGUUAUGAUAGCGUUCGUAUUCUUCACACCCACUUCACUGACCUGAAGGCUUCAUCUGCAAGACCAGAGGAAGUUGCCCGGCCAUUUCCUCUCCAUCCCUGUUUGGUCAGCCCAGACUCGGAGAUGGGCUUCCUCCGCUGUGUAGCAAGAAUCCUGUUGCUUUGUCUACUGCCGCAGAAGGAUGCCAAGUCCGACACUCUACGCUGCUGCCUCACAGAAGUCAUCACGACCAAAGUGUUGAAGCCUCUGGUGGAGGUGCUCAGUGAUCCAGACUCUAUAAACAGGAUGCUGCUGUCUCAGCUGGAGCAGAGGGAGCAGCAGGCAGAGCAGCAGAAGAAAGCCUACACCUAUGCUGCCUCUUAUGAAGACUUCAUUAAACUGAUAUCAACUUCUUCUGAUGUCAAUUUCCUCAAACAACUCAGGCAAGGCUGCUGCAACACACACACACACAGCCUCAUUAAACUGAAACUUAUCAAUAGAAUUAGUGCUCUGUGCAUAUACGUGGGAACAGACAUGUAUCAGAUUGUUGUUGAAAUUAUCCAUGCCACCACCAUCAGCAGCCUGCCUCAGCUCAAGAAGCAGAAAGAGCGAAAAGGCAAAGAGUCUGCGGCCAUGAAAGCAGACUUGCUUAGGGCAAGAGACAUGAAACGGUACAUCAAUCAGCUGACUGUUGCGAAGAAACAAUGUGAGAAACGGAUUCGCCUGCUGGGCGGACCAAACUAUGAGAACAGCGAAGAAGGAGGAGCCGACGAUGGAGAGGAGCCGCAAAGUCAGAGGAUCCUCCAGUUUGAUGACAUUUUGUGUAAUCCAGGCUACAGAGAGCAUUUUAGAGUUUACAUGGAGAGAGUGGAUAAAAGAGCUCUGAUAAGCUUCUGGGAACUAGUGGAAACACUGAAAACUGCCAACAAGAAUGAGGUGCCCCAAAUCGUAGGAGAGAUCUACCAAAAGUUCUUUGUGGAGAGCAAAGAGAUUCAGGUGGAGAAGUUUCUCCUCAAGGAGAUCCAGCAGAGUCUGGUAGGGAACAGAGGAACUCAGGUUUUUGUACGACUACAAGAGCAGGUGGCUGAGACGAUGCGAGAACGUUACUACCCCUCCUUCCUGGUUUCUGACCUCUACGAUAGGCUGAUUAGAAGAGAUGAGUCACACAGCCAAUCAGGCUGUAGCCCAGAGGAGAAAGGGGAAGGGUGCCAGGAUCUGGAUGUUGGAGAAGAAGUGUGUGAUGAGGGUAGUAAAGGAAUAAAUGAGCAGGCCAGCUACGCUGCAACCAAGCUCCGCCAACUCUACGACAAGCUGGAGUACAAGCGGCAGGCCUUGGGCUCUAUCCAGAACGCCCCCAAACCAGAUAAAAAGAUUGUGAGUAAGCUAAAGGAAGAAAUUGGAGCCAUGGAAACAGAGCACAGUGAGCUGCAGCAGCACAUCACAAGGACGGACUGGUGGUGUGAAAACCUUGGGCACUGGAGGGCUCUGAUUACAGCUGCUGAGGCCGCAGAGGAAGGCGGUGAGACCGUGGCGUGUUACAGUGUGUGCGUUAGCUUGGCAGAAGGAGAGGAGACGGUCAACAGUCGCUGGAGCGUCCAAAGAAAGCUCACAGAGUUCCAGAUGUUGCACCGCAAACUCACUGAGCGUUUGCUGACAGAUGAGAGACUAUGCCAGUCAGAGGUGCUUUAUGCGUUCCUCAGCCCAUCGCCAGAGCACCUCAAGGUGAUGUCUAUUCAGAAGAAAUCAUCGUUCUCUCUGGCCUCCUUUCUGGAGAGGUUACCUGGAGAUUUCUUUUCCCACACUGAGGAGGAUGGCGAUGAUGACAGUGAUCUUUCGGACUAUGGUGAUGAGGCUGACGGAAGGAGAAAUGCCCUGGCCGAGCCCUGCUUCAUGCUUAUAGGAGAGAUCUUUGAACUCAGAGGAAUCCAGGUGACAUUUGGCCGGACCAUCAACAAGCAGAUCCGGGACACUGUUAACUGGAUAUUCUGUGAGCAGAUGCUGGUGUGUUACAUCAGUGUGUUCAGGGACACGUUCUGGCCUAAUGGGAAGCUAGCCCCACACGUCAAGGUCCGAACCGACUGCGAACGCAGUGAGACCAAGGAGCGGGCUCAACAGAAACUGUUGGACAAUAUCCCAGAUGCACUAACAAAUCUAGUUGGCCAGCAAAACGCUCGAUAUGGAAUCAUCAAAAUCUUCAAUGUACUGCAGGAAGCUAGUGCCAACAAACAUCUUCUCUAUGUUUUAAUGGAAAUGUUACUCAAGGAGUUGUGUCCCGAACUUCGUGCAGAGGUGGACAACAUCUGAACAUGCACACACAAAAAAACAACAUGGUAGAUGAAACUGAGGCGCCACCUGUUAAUCUUUUCCACAAAUGGCUGGCAUGAAGAGGAGGGAGGCCUUUCAGUUAUACGUUUAACAGACCAGAAUGUCGUUGGUUGGCUCUAUCAUCAGAGAUUAGCUGUGAAAAGAGCUGAGAUCAGGCUAUGGUGCAGAUCCAGACUUGGACAAGAAGAAACCACCCCUGGGUUGUGACUUCUUGUCCUCUACACAGCAGUUUUACCACCCUACCACCCCUAAAUUUCCCUAAAGUAGAAAUGGUAUUUUUGACAUGGUGUGAUUCAUAUCUGUUCCUUUUAUGUUUGAUUUCAGUACACUGAUGUUUUAUGCCCGAUUAGUGCUGGAGCAGAAAAUAAAACAAAUCUUUUGUCCCAGCGGAAAUCAUGGUCAUCUAGAUAAAAAACAAAAACAAUAAAACAACGUACUUUAAUUCCUAGAGAAGCUAAACUAUGGAACACAGUUGAAACCGUGUGUGUGUGUGUGUGUGUGUGUGUGUGUGUGUG